GCAUUGCAUUUCCCACGCUGCCUCGCGGCAAAAGCCCCACAGUUUUGUCGGCAGCCCAGCCUUCCGGCGUACUACAUUUCCCAGGCUGCCUUGCGACUACCUUUCCACUCUCUCUACCUCCGGCGAGCGGUGCGGUCGCGGCUGCUUGGGGGUACCUCCGGUUUUGGAGAUGGCGGAGGGGGUACUGAGUGCCGGCGUCAACCUGGAGGCCUUCGCCCAGGCCAUCGCGGCCAUCCAGGCGCUGCGCUCCAGCGUCACCCGCGUCUUCGACUGCCUGAAGGAUGGCAAGCGCAACAAGGAGACACUGGAGGGCCGCGAGAAGUGCUUCAUCUCCGCCUUCCAGGAGAGCCUCAACUCUGUCAGCCGCGACCUGGGAGAACUGGAGCGUCUGAGCAACCUCGUUGGGAAGCCCUCUGAGAACCAUCCUCUCCACAACAGUGGAUUGUUGAGUCUUGAUCCUGUGCAAGACAAAACUCCCCUCUACAGUCAACUACUUCAGGCCUACAAAUGGUCAAACAAGUUGCAGUAUCACGCAGGAUUGGCAUCUGGCCUGCUGAAUCAGCAGUCCUUGAAACGGUCCGCGAACCAGAUGGGAAUGUCUGCCAAGCGAAGACCGAAAGCUCAGCCCACCACCCUCGUGCUCCCUCCUCAGUAUGUUGAUGACGUGAUCAACCGUAUUGAUAGAAUGUUCCCUGAAAUGUCCAUUCACUUAUCCAGGCCAAAUGGGACAUCUGCAAUGCUGAUGGUUACCUUAGGGAAGGUGUUAAAAGUCAUCGUGGUGAUGCGGAGCCUCUUCAUCGACCGAACGAUUGUAAAGGGGUAUCACGAAAACGUCUACACAGAGGAUGGCAAGCUUGACAUUUGGUCCAAGUCCAACUAUCAAGUGUUCCAGAAGGUAACCGAUCACGCCACGACCGCCCUGCUGCAUUACCAGUUGCCCCAGAUGCCCGACGUUGUGGUCAGGUCCUUUAUGACCUGGUUAAGAAGUUACAUAAAGCUGUUCCAGGCUCCGUGCCAGCGCUGCGGAAAGUUUCUUCAGGACGGUCUGCCACCCACCUGGCGGGAUUUUCGGACACUGGAAGCCUUCCAUGACACGUGUAGGCAGUAGCCUGCCCCAGAGGCUGCUGGGAGUGCACGGAGGGAGCCGACAUAAAGACGGGUCACCGGUCAAGACAGCAGGCGCCUCGCUUCUUUGCUGCCUCGACCGAGUGGCAGCGUCGGCGUUGCCUCCUGUUCCAACAUCAGUCCAAACAGAGCCCUGGAUCAGGAGCUGUUCUGAAAGUUCAGCCGAGCACAGGACGACGGGUGGGGUGGCGGGAGUCCUCAGUCCUCUUUGGAAACAGCGGAUUUUCCAACGUAGAAGUUUUCUCCUUUGGGAUCUUCACUGACCGUAAACAUCAGAGGCUUUUCAGAAGGACGUACAGGACAGCUUUUGUCAGCAUUUUAUUUUUUUUGUAAAAUAUGAAUAAAAACCAACAUUCAACUCA